AUGAUUAGUUUUGGAAAACAGGUUUUGGAGCUUUCCACUGACCAUUCUGCCGCCAUGGAAGAAGAAGAUGGUGGUGAAAUUAACGAUAAUAACAUCAACAAUAGCACGACAUCAUUCGCAAAUAUAUUUGCAAAUGCUAACAGUAACAGUAGUACUGAUAGUAAUAACACUACUAAUACAGAUGCGACUGGUGCUUCAAGUACUUUAUUUACUGAAGAUUUCGCUAAUAGUACCUCCAACAAUAACAUUGUAAAGACUGAAGAUGAAUUGUUAUUUGAUCAAUUUUUAACAAAUAAUUAUGAUUACGCAACUAGUAGCCACAUCGUGACUAAGCCAAGUAAAAAACCAAGGAAAAAACAAACUGCACCAAAUGAAUCUACCACGACAAAGGGCACAGAUUAUAGUAGCACUUACCAGUAUAUAAUGGAAAAAGGUUUUAGUGAUUCGCCAGAGUUAUACCGCGAACAAUGUGUCGAUAUUUUAUCAACUCUCCCAUUUGGUAGAACUCUGGAUGGCAAUGCAGAUGCCAACACUGCUACAGCCACUACCCCUAUCGCAAUUCCUUCUGUGUACGUAGAUCCAUUAAAACUAUUAAGUACUGAUUGUUCCCAAUACCCUUAUAAGCUAGAAAUUCUAAAUCUACCUGAACAAUCUCGUGUAGAAAACCAAAUGAAAUUGAGCUUCAAGAUUUCACCGCCACCAAAACACAAUAUCAUGCAUUUAUCCAAUGAAUGUGUUAUUAAACAAAAAAACUACCUAUCUGCCGAUAUUACUGCAUACCCCAUGGAAUUACAAAAAAAUUUGCUUUACAUGGAAGCUUUUGUUACUUGUUCUUCUACCAAUAAGCCAGCCUUUGUUUGUAAUAGGUGUAUUAAAAGAGAACAGAGAAGGGCUUGUAGAAGGAAGUCUGGAGCAAGCGAUAUUAUAUUUUGGUGCAAUAAUGAAAACAGACAGGUUGUUGUAUUUAACAACAAACAACUAGUUAUGUUUAAUUCAGCUUACGAAGACGACGAAGAUAAUUGCAAAGUCUUUGAAUUACAAACCCGAAUGGUCUGUUACUGCAGGCACCAUAAAGAGCCAGAAGGGUUUAAAAUUAUUGUUGUCGUCAAGGAUUACCAAGGUACUGUUUUGGCACAAACUGUCACCUCUAAUAUUAAGCUUAUUGAUAAAAAACCCAGCGUUAAAAAGAAGAAUAGUGAACAGAAGAGUAAUAGCAGUGUUAAUAGUAAUAGUGAAGAUUUGAUAUCUAUUGGAAACUCACAACAAGAAAAGGAGGAGGAGGAGGAAGAGGAAGAGGAAGAGGAAGAGGAAGAGGAGAAAGAAGAGGAAGAAGAAAAAGAAAAAGAAAAAGGAGAAACAAUAAAAAGGAGAAAGGAACAUAAUAAAGAUAAUGAUAUUGUAAUGUUAAACAAUGAAUUAGAAGAUGCUUCUGAGAGAAAAACUGUUGUGUACGACAAGAAUGCUCCCAUCCAACUUGACCCGAAAAUUGAUAACAAAGAUAAGAUUGCUACCGAGAAUAAAACUAAAGAUAUAGAGAAUAUUAUAGAAUUGAAUGAUUUGGAUGUUUUAUCGAGAAGGGCGUAUUCAGACAAAAAUAAUGUUGUUGAUACUGUCAAUGUUAGGGACAACGUUGGUGUUACAGAGGAAUUAAAUACUGCGGAUGUAUCAAAUUUUGUUUCAUCUAUGCCACUAAUUAAUAAUACUAUUGAUAACACUUGUGUUGCCGAUACUGCCGCACAUAUCAACAACAACUUUAAACUCUCAGUUCCUAAGGUACCCAUGUUAAGUCCCACAUCUAUGGGAGAUGACAGCUCUGAACCUCAUACAAACUUUGAAAAUAACUCGAUGCUAAGUUCAGUUCCUAAUAGUAGAAGAACUUCUAGUCAAUUAAAAAGGAGAAAACCCGAUGAUUUCGCUGACUCUCGUUGUCAUAGUCUCUCAAGUAAUGCUAGUUCACAACAAUUACACAAUCCGCAAUUUACAACCAACACGAAUACGCUCUACAACAGCCAAUAUCUAUCUGACGGACAUGGUAAUAUUCACAACCAUCGUUACAGUGCCACUCAACAAACCCACCAACAAACACAAGAUGUCAACCGCAGUAAGAGCAAUAACAACAUAAGCAUGUAUAACAAAGACAUUAGCAGCAAUAAUCCACUAUUGUCCUAUGAUUUUUUGUCUGCCACAAAUCCACACCAAAUGGAACAGCCUGCAAACACUAACAAUAUUAACCUUAUGAAUUUGGAUCAUGACGCGAUUACAUUAAUCUCAAACUCCCUAGCGGGUAACGUUUUUCUCAAUAAUACCACGAAUAAUAGUGCAAAUAAAAAUGACAUGAAUACCUAUCUGAACGAUCCUAAGAGACCUUUAAUCCAGCGUGUUAUUCCUGCCCAGGGUCCCAUUAAUGGUGGUAUAGAGGUUACAAUAUUGGGUUCCAAUUUCAAACCGGGAAUGACAGUCAAGUUUGGUCCAAAUAAGGCUAUAUCCACAAAUUGUUGGAGUAGCUCUACGAUAGUUACAUACCUACCGCCAUCUACUCAAGCAGGACAGGUUUUGGUCACUGUUUUUGAGCCAUUUGAAGAAGGGCAGAAUCAACAGUAUAACAUCCUAGGAAACAUGUCGAAUUCUAAUGCGAUAUUCACCUAUGUUGAUGAUACUGAUAGACAAUUGAUUGAAUUGGCUCUACAGAUUGUUGGUUUAAAAAUGAAUGGUAAAUUGGAGGAUGCACGUAAUAUUGCAAAAAGGAUUGUUGGUAAUGAAAGUGAUCACAGCUCAAAUGGGUCCACUCCGGAAAAUAACCCAGGUUAUUUUGGUGGUUCAGUUUCAAAUUUCAAAUGCACUUCGCAGUUAUUGUAUUCAGAUGAAAGUUUGAUUUUAAAAGUAAUAAAAUUGUUGAAUUCCAGCUCGAACAUCUCGUUGUGUAACUCCAACGGACAAACCUUAUUGCAUUUAUCGUGUUUGAAAGGAUACGUGGAAUUAGUUUCUUUGUUAAUUAAGAAAGGUGCACGUACAGAUACCAAGGACAGGUUUGGGUUUACUCCUUUCCAUUUUGCCUGCAUUAAUGGCGACUCUAGAUUAUUAAAGAUUUUUAAGAUUUGCAGAGCAGAUGUAAAAUUAGAAACCGUCAACGGAUAUACUCCGAGAGACCUUUACAUAAUUAAUCAUGGCGGUAGUAUAUCUAACAAUAGCAUGGAAAGCGAGUUUUAUGAAGAAGGUUUACUAAUACUAGACAAUAAUCUGAGUAGGACGUCUUCUGUGUCUAGUUUUGAUUCUUCUGUGUUGGAUAACGAGGAUUUAAAUAAUAGCGACUUCAAAAUCCAUAUUUCAAGAAUUGUUAAUGAUUCUUUUACUGAUGAUGAUGAUGGUGUCGAGUCUGAUUUUGAGGAAAAUGGUGAUGAAAGUUUGCUUGCUGGUGAUGACGAAAGCAACACUGAAUUUCCAAUUUCAACUCAGGUAGCUGAAGAAGCGGGAUCUGGCUCAUUACACGAUGAUUUGUUGCCGCCUCAGUACGAUGAUCUAUAUCCACACCAGAAGCAAGAAGGUGCUGGAAAGCAACAGGGACAACAGUUAUUAUCCUCAACAACAUCAAUGCUGGCAAUAAGAUCUGCUGAAGCAUCUAAUGUGUCUUCUACUUUGGAUAUAAUCAAUCAAAACACUACUAAUUGUGUAAGACCGAUGAGUUCAGAAGUUUCGGAAUCAUCUGAUGAAGAUUAUGAGGUGAUGAAAUAUGGUUUGGAUAAACAACGCCAAAAAUUUAAAAACGAUAAGAUGUUAAUUUUCUUCUGGCUUCCUUUGAUGUUGGUAUUGCUAUCGGGAUUCAUUGCUUUUAAGUUAAGUUCUGAUGAUAGUAUGAUUCACUAUGCUUCCAAUAAAGGCAGUGAGAUAGUUAGGGUUUGGUUGGCUAAGUUGAUGUUAGGUAAUAAAAGAAUGCAAAGCGUUUUCAAGGAUGCUUUUCAACAGGGGAGUAACUUUAAGGAAGCUUUUCAACAAGGGAUAAGAGAUGCUGUUAGUGGAAUACAGACGGCAUCAUAA